AUGAUUGAUAGAACAUUUGGCCAUUUUGUUAGGGUAUUGGUCGACCUUGAUCUCUCUCAGGAAUUGCGAUACAAAGUGCUGGUAGAAAGGAAGGGUUUUGCCUUCUUUGUGGAUCUAGAUUAUGAAAACAUGCCUGAAUUUUAUAAUUCUUGCAAAAUUGUUGGUCACAAUGUUGGUACGUGUCGACGAAGAUAUCCAAAUGAAAAUCAGACUAAAAAGGAUGUGGAAAAGAAAAAUGAUGUAAGAGAAUCCUUGAAAGGAUCUGAGAAGGGCAAAGAAGCUUGGAAAGAGAAAAAUCGAGUUGUUGUAGAAUUAGAAGAAUCUCCUUCCAGUAGUAAGAAUCAGGUUGGAGGAGAUGAUGCACACGCCGAUCAUACUCUGGAGAAUGGUUUAACUAUGAAUGAGCAUUCUAAGGUGAAUUCACAGGACACUAAAUCUUUAGAAAAUGAGGGAGAAAAAGAACAUACUAGGUUGAACAUUGAGGACUCCAAUUCAACUGAGGAUGUGGAAGUUAAGGAUACACGUUCUAAGCAACCCUCUGAAUCUCUCAACAAGGACACUGAUGAUGCAAGUUCAGUUGCUUCUGAAUUUGUUGAUGCAACUCAGUGGAACGAUCAAGAUGAAGCUAUUUUCGGUCAGGAGAUUGCUACACCAGCUAGAGUGCUAAAGGACAUGCAGUUCUUGCAAGAAUCUUGGGCAAAUCUGGCUGAGAAAGAGGAUGAAGAAUACAGAGAAAUCACGAAUCAAAUUCAAAAGGAAACAGAAGCCAGAACUGUAGAUGCACAAAAAAAGGAUAUGGGGAAGGAAACUGGUGAGGAACAAGGUUUUCAGACAGUUAGAAGGAAAAAAAAGAAGCAAAUUUCAAUGUCUCAAGGGGACAGGACAGUUUACGCCACCAGAUCAAAGGACAGGUCCUCACAACAUUCUCAAUGA